UCCGAUAGUUUUAAGUCGGUGAUGAGUGAGUGAUGUAGCACUGGGGUUGCUUCUUCUUCUUACAAAAUUGGAUUCCGACCCUAUCACCACUUCAGCUGAUGAGCUUCCGAGAGUGAGUGAGUGAGUGAGUAUGUCUGGUGAUGAAUUUUCUUGUAUGAGUGGAAUUAUUUCACUUUGUUACAAUCCUCUCUCUUUGGGAAGCACUAUCUAUGGAUUCUUAGUACAGAACUUCCGGAAUUGGUUUAACGUGCCCUAAUUGAAUAACUGGAAUCGGGGUCUUGAGGUAGUCUCCACAGCAUGGUCUAAAUAAGUACAAGUCAAAUGUAAAGUAUCUUAGGCCCACAAAUGAGCAUGUUGUCUGCCUCAGUGGGAGAUGAGAAUAGUCUUAGCGCCGGGGAAUAAUUUUAGGAAUAAGUUUCUUCAUGAAGCAAAUGACCCACUUAGCAGCCAUCUGUCUUAACACGGGUUGCGCAGUUAUUGGCGAAAUGCAUUCUGGCUCGCCUUUGGCAGUGGAAAUAGUAUCCUGGCUUAAACCCCAGGAAAAAGAUUAUAGUGGGUAGAGUUGUUCGAAUUUGUUGGGUUUUCCGAGAGGAGAGUCUAAAUUGUUGUGGAUCUUUGAGAAUCGCCUGCGUGAUGGUUUUGCUGGUUUGGUAAUGCUCGCGAAGACAUGGUUGUUGACAGACAAGUAGCCAUCGUUGUGUUCGUGCAAUUUUACAGACACUUCCGGUUGGAUUAAACGAGACGGCUUUGUAAAGAUCGAUUUUUGGGGGUGAGAAUUAUGGGCAGAGGGAACGAUGUCGAGGCAGGGACGAUGUCGCAGGGGAACACAAGCCUUUGGAAAGUGCAUGCAGCAUUAUUGGUGGCGCAACUGUUGUCAGGAGGGUACUAUGUUGUAACAAAAGUUGCGCUUGUGCAUGGAAUGAACCGGAUUGUGCUGAGCCUAUACCGCGACGUUAUUGCACUUUUGAUCCUGUUUCCUGCUGCUCUUAUCAUUGAAAGAUAUAACCCCUUCAAGCUUUCAUGGAGGGUAGUUGCCAGACUUUUCCUGCUGGGAUUGAUUGGAAUCUUUGGAAGUCAGUUCUUAUUAUUCAUCGGCAUUGAGCGGACCACUGCAGAGUUUUCUGCGGCGCUUCAGACUUCAGUUCCCGUCCUCACGGCUGGCAUUGCGAUUCUGUUGGGGGUAGAGAGACUGCUUCUGCAGAGGAGAGACGGUCGAGCAAAAUUAGCAGGAAUCACUUUGUGCUGUGCAGGUGCAAUAUUCAUGACAUUCUACAAAGGACCCCCUGUUCUGGGUUGGUUCAACCCAAACACACUAGAAGCUGCACUUGAACCUGAUUCCAUACAUGUCAAAUUAGAACUAUAUGGCAGCCAUUGGAAUUGGUUUGAAAUUGAUGGGUGGAAGCUCGGAGCUAUUUGUUUGAUUGGAAAUUGCCUAUGUAUGGCAAUUUUCAUCAACCUGCAGGCAUCUUUGCUGAAGCAAUUUCCAGCACCAAUUUCAGUGGUUGCUUAUUCUUAUUUUUUCGGGGCAAUAAUCAUGGGCAGUGCAAGCUACUUUCUAGUCCAUGACUCCUCUGCCUGGAUUCUGCGCUGGGAUAUUGACCUAUUAGCUGUCUUGUACAACGGGAUAAUCUCAUCUGCCUUGUAUUUUGCUCUCAUGACUUGGGCACUCUCCAAAGUGGGUCCUGUCUUCGUCGCCAGCUACAUCCCCUUGCAACCGAUUUCUUCAGCACUGCUUGCACUCAUCUUUUUGAAAACCAUCGUGUAUUUGGGAAGUGUGUUGGGGACACUCUUGAUCAUUCUAGGUUUGUUGCUGGUCUCUUGGGCUCGCGAAGAGGCAAUGAGGUUAGCUGCCCUCUCGGCCAUUGUGGAGCGCAGUAAUCGAUUGCCUAAAGCUACAGCAGAAGCUCUUGUUCCAGGACUCAGGGCACCCCUUCUCCAGGUCUAACCUAACUCCAACAUACCAGAAUCAUCAGGACAAGCAUUUUUAAUUCUGCGAGAGCAGUGACUCGGCAAUUUGCUUUCCAGAUUGCUAAAGCUCUUUUCCAUGAAUGCCUUCAGUUUGUAGGUACAGUUCAAGCCAGAAUAAUGGUCUCAGGUCAAUCUCAAAUUUUCAGUUUGAGUGUACACCACUAGAAUUGUUGUAGAAAUUACCACUUUAGGAGAUGGAAGUAUAAUACUAGAUGGUUGAUUCAGAUGCUUCUAAGAAGCUUCAGUAGAGGGAAUUGUUGGAUGUUCAAGCAGGUUUUAAAAAUUAGAAAUGUUGAGAUUGUAGGAUACAUGGGUAUCAGCGUUAUUUUUCUAGGUUUGGGAGUUUACUCCAAGAGCUUGCCAGAUCUGCUACAUUUGAUCCAGGUCUCUCUGUCCGUAGAUAUAAAAUUUGUUAGUAUAUGUUAUUUCAUUUCUUUUCAACCUGAAUGAUUAUUGAGGGUGAGAUAUUGCAUAUGCUCUUGGAAAAAACACGAUA